CGGCCAGCAUUGCUCCCAAAUCCCCCAGAGAGAGAGAAUCAGCGUUACGUUUGGGCCACAGUAUUAAUAGAGCAAUCCCCCCCUCUGCCUUAUCCCACCCCUAUCCUCUUCCUCACUCCCUUUUCCUCUCGAUUUCCCUUCCAUCUCUUUCUCUGCUUAGUUCGUUCUUUCUUCCCUUUCUUCCUUCUUUCUUUCGUGCAUCUCAAAAUCGGUGCUGUUUUCCCGGCGAGAUAAGAGUCUAAUUAAUUCCGGCCUCUCUCAUCGGCGCGGCAGCCGGUCCAUUAGUUGCGCAUCUCUGUAAUUGUUAGAGCGGGCGGCUGAUCGCAAGAGAAGCCAGCUAGCUAGCAUGGCGCCCAAGUCCGGAAGGGGCAGCCACAAGUCCCACCAUCACAAGUCCAAAGCUGCAGCUGCAGCUUCUGCUGCGGCGGCUGCUGACAAGAAAAAGAAGGAUCACCAUCGUAAAGUGGUGGUGCCUAGUCUUGUUGAUAUUACCGUCAUCACUCCCUAUGAUUCCCGCCUUGUUCUCAAGGGCAUCUCCACGGAUAGGAUACUGGACGUGAAGCGGCUAUUGGCUCAGAAUGUGGAAACCUGCCACCUCACCAACUAUUCUCUCUCACAUCAGGUGAAGGGAGGGAGGCUAAGUGACAAAGUGGAGAUUACUGCGCUGAAGCCCUGCGUUUUGAAGAUCGUUGAAGAGGACUAUGCGUCGGAAUCGCAGUCCGUCGCACACGUCCGGAGGCUCCUUGAUAUUCUGGCCUGCACCACCGCGUUCGCCAAGCCCCGACGGUCCUCACCGCCGGAAUCCAAAUCCACAAGGAGCAACGCAGGCAGCAGCAAUGGAGGACAAACAGCAUCCACAACGCCAGAGGCGCGGUCGUCGGCCAACUUGGAGGGCUUGGACAUGGUGGCAAUCCACCCGACGCCAAAGCUGUCGGAAUUUUACGACUUCUUCUCCUUCUCCCACCUGGCUUCUCCAAUUCUCAAUUUGAAGAGAUGUAGCAGUGGAAAAGAAUCAAGACGCGAAGGCGAUCAUUUUGAGAUGCAGAUUAAGAUAUCCAAUGGAAAGCAGCUGCAUGUGGUUGCAUCAGUAAAAGGGUUUUAUGUGGCUGGGAAGCAGUUCUCCCAAAGUCACUCCUUGGUGGAUCUUCUGCAAAAUCUCAGCCAAGCUUUUGCAAAUGCGUAUGAUUCCCUCAUGGAAGCUUUUGUGGAUCACAAUAAGUUUGGAAACCUCCCAUAUGGGUUUCGUUCAAAUACCUGGCUGGUUCCUCCUUCUGUUGUCGAGUCUCCUUCAAAGUUCGCACCCCUGCCUGCAGAGGAUGAUUCUUGGGGUGGCAGUGGUGGAGGUUUAGGACAAAAUGGCAUGCACGACCUUCGACCAUGGGCCACAGAGUUUGCAAUACUUGCUAGACUUCCUUGCAAGACUGAAGAAGAGAGAUUAGUACGGGACAGGAAGGCCUUUUUGCUUCACAACCUGUUUGUUGAUGUCUCAAUUCAUAAGGCGACUAGAGCAAUACAUCAGAUAAUUGAUUCUAAUAUACGUGCAAAAGACAGAGUCCUCUUUGAGGAACGUGUUGGAGACUUGUUGGUUGUUGUUAUUAAUGAUGAGACAGAUGAGAGCUUGAAGUCCAGUCUGAAAGUCAAUGUUGAUCGGCUGUCUAAUACCUCUGCCAAAGAAGUCGACCAGAAGAACUUGCUGAAAGGCCUUACUGCAGAUGAGAGUGUUAUCAUUAAUGAUACUUCGUCAUUAGGGGUUGUGACUGUAAGACAGUGUGGAUACACUGCAACAGUUAGAGUUGUUGGUGAUGUGGACAAGACUACAUCUGUCCAAGACAUUGAAAUUGAUGAUCAACUGGAUGGUGGAGCCAAUGCUCUAAACACUAACAGCUUGAGGAUUCUGCUUCACCGGUGUGUCAGUUCUGGAUCACAAGGAUUGCCGACACCUAAGUCUAGUCCUGACAAUGCAGAAGAAUUGACGUGCCUUACCCAGAAAAUUUUAAAUGAGAAUUUAACUAAGAUAGAGGAAGAACCAGUUGUAUCUGAGAGGUCAGUCAGAUGGGAACUAGGAUCAUGUUGGUUGCAGCAUCUGCAAAAGCGAGAAGCAGCGACCGAGCCCAAUUCUAGUAGUUCCGAGGAAAGUGAUCAGAUUGAGCAUGCAGUGAAAGGUCUAGGAAAAGAGUUCAAAUUUUUGAAGAAGAGAGAUGAGAAACCUGCUGAAAGUGUCACGGAUGAGACGAAAGAGGCUGAAAGUGACCUGUACAGCAAAAGUGAAGGAACUGACCUAUGCAGCCAAAGUAAUCGCGAGAACACUGGUGAUGAAUUGAAGAAAGUGCUAUCUGUUGAUUCCUUCGUGCGUCUGGAAGAAACCAAAACUGGGCUUCAUUUAAAGUCUCUGGAUGAGCUUGUUCAAAUGGCAUACAACUACCAUGAUGAAAUUGCUUUGCCCAAGUUGGUCGCAGACUUUGGCUUAUUAGAGCUUUCUCCUGUCGAUGGCCGCACACUCACCGACUUUAUGCAUUUGAGAGGACUACAGAUACGCUUUUUGGGUCGGGUGGUGAAACUUGCAGAGAAGCUUCCACACAUACAAUCUCUUUGUAUUCAUGAGAUGGUCACUCGAGCUUUCAAGCAUGUACUUAGAGCAGUUAUUGCAUCGGUUAAUGAUGUAUCAGACUUACCAUCAGCAAUAGCAUCAUCUUUGAAUUUCCUAUUCGGAAUUUGUCAAGGAGAUAAAAAUGAUACCCUCAAAGAUGAUCAUGCUCUGAAAUUGCGAUGGUUGAGGACAUAUAUCAAUAAACGGUUCGGGUGGACUCUAGAAGAUGAGCACCAGCACUUGAGAAAAUUAUCUAUUCUCCGUGGCCUGUGCCACAAGGUUGGGCUGGAGAUGGUUCCAAGGGACUAUGACAUGAACUCCCCCUGUCCCUUCAGGAGUUCUGAUAUUAUAAGCAUGAUCCCUGUUUGUAAGCAUGUAGGAUGCUCUUCAGCUGAUGGGAGGAAUUUGCUGGAAUCAUCUAAAGUUGCUCUUGACAAAGGAAAGCUAGAGGAUGCUGUUGACUGUGGUACAAAGGCACUGGUAAAGAUGAUAGCAGUUUGUGGUCCAUAUCAUCGAAUAACUGCAAGUGCUUACAGUCUGCUAGCUGUUGUUCUGUACCACACGGGUGACUUUAAUCAGGCAACUAUAUAUCAACAGAAGGCUCUGGAUAUAAAUGAGAGAGAGCUUGGGCUAGACCAUCCAGAUACAAUGAAAAGUUACGGGGAUCUCUCUGUGUUUUAUUAUCGUCAACAGCACAUUGAGUUGGCUAUGAAAUAUGUCAACCGUGCUCUAUUCCUUCUUCAUUUUACCUGUGGGCUGUCUCACCCUAAUACUGCCGCAACAUACAUCAAUGUGGCCAUGAUGGAAGAGGGCAUGGGAAAUGUUCAUGUUGCUCUCAGAUAUUUGCAUGAAGCCUUAAAGUGCAACCAAAGAUUAUUAGGCGCGGAUCAUAUACAGACAGCUGCAAGCUACCAUGCCAUAGCCAUAGCUCUGUCAUUGAUGGAAGCAUAUUCCUUGAGUGUUCAACACGAGCAAACCACACUUAAGAUACUACAAGAGAAACUUGGACCAGAUGAUCUUCGGACACAGGAUGCUGCUGCAUGGCUCGACUAUUUUGAAUCAAGAGCUCUAGAACAGCAAGAAGCAGCGCGAAAUGGAACUCCAAAGCCAGAUGCAUCCAUAGCAAGCAAAGGUCACCUUAGUGUGUCAGAUCUCUUGGAUUACAUUAAUCCUGACCAGGAUUCUAGGGGAAGUGACACACAGAGGAAACACCGUCGGGCAAAGGUAGUACUAAAAUACUUUACUGCUCGCCAGUGUUGUUUGUUUGAGCUUCUACUUUCCAUAUCAUUCUAUUUACUAACAACUGUCAUUGUUCGAGUAAAUUCCUUUUGGAAAUAUGCUGUCUCAGCUUGACCUUGCCAUAGGUUUCAAUUUGCUCAAACUUGGUCUUGCCUUGACCUUGUCUGUACUUACACCAACUUAGAUUAUUGCAGAUGCCAGUCUCAAUACUUCUGUACAGGAAGAUUUUGAUCCAUGGCGUUUUAUUAACUUAAUAGCAAUGGCAGAGUUUCUGGUUCUUUAAGGAAUAAGAACAACUACUAUCUGCUUAUUUUUUGAUCGGUAAUCCAACACAAGCCUUCUUUUGUCUUUGAUUUGUCAGGUAGUCCAACAAGCUCAUCAAGAUCUAGUAGUUGAAGGUGCCACAUUCCAUGACGUUUCCACCAAUACAAUACCUUACUGCGAUGUAGCUAACGAGGACAUGAUUAAGCAGAAGGGGAAUGGAGAAAAUACCUUGAUAAACAGGCUUAGGAUGAUUCCAACUACAGCUCGUCAAGAAGCUUCAGAUGAAGGAUCAGUAGGAGAAACCCAAAACAGGGUUUCAGGGGAAACUGGCCGAAGAUCUGGUAAUCAUAUGGGUACAAGAGAAAGUGAUCUAGCUUUUGCAUCUGAACCUAUACUUGCUAGAGAAGAGGUUGAAGAAACUUCUUCUGAUGAGGGGUGGCAAGAAGCCCAUCCAAAAGGGAGGUUGGUUCGUGCUGCUAGCAUCAAGUCUGGUCGCAGAAGACCAGCUCCCGCAAAGCUAAACAGAAAGGAUUCUCAUCGUUCAAGUUUCAUAAACCGAACAGCAUAUACAAAGGACGCUACUUCGCUCAAGAAACCCAAUAUUCAACAUAGUUUCAGGGAACAGUCAAUCAAACACCAGGCAAAGUCUCCUGAAUCGAAAUCUUCAUCUGCUCAAUUAAAUUUCGCUGCUGUGGUGAAUAGGUCACUGUCUUACAAGGAAGUAGCCAUUGCUCUGCCGGGAACUGUUCUGAAACCGUUUGUGGACAACACUGUGGACGAACAAAAUGAUGAAACACCUGAGAAGAAACAGACAUGCUACGAGCAGUCACCAUUACAGGAUGCAACUGACAAUAGCAAGGCAGACAGAGUAGAUGAGAGCAUGACUCAGACAGAUGAAUCAGUUGGUAAAGUUGCAGAGGAGAGUGCUUCCUUUGACCAGAAUAAAUGCACAGAAAAUGCGAGUAAACUUUCAGCUGCAGCUGAGCCAUAUAAUCCAGCUCCCAUCACUGCCAUUUGUGACAUUGGAGCUAGUCAUGAUCCGGUUGAACAUCCAGUUGCUCCGCCGGUCUCUGCGAGAGUUGCUCGUGGACCACGAUCGCGCUUCUACUUCAGAUCAAGCCGGUCGUUCAGCUUGCAGCGUGGCUUCCUGAAAUACCAAGCUCCUAUGCCGAUAAUAUCUGCUAGAACCAUGAACCCACACGCUGCGGAAUUCAUACCAAGGAAAGCGUGGGUGACAAGGCACCGGAAUGGAGACUCGAGCACGGCUGAAUCCGAUUCAUUUCCCGAGGCAGAUGAAACCGGAGAUGAGAAAUCCAGUAACGAAGGCAGAGAUGGAGUUUCAGGAAAGGCCACCAGAUCGGAGUCCGAGAAGGCCGAACUCGCGAGGCAAAUACUGCUUAGCUUCGUCGUGAAAUCUGCGCAGAACAGUGAGAAGAUGCUGCAGGAUGCUGGAAAUUCAUCGAAGACUGACAGGAACGUGGCGGCGCGGGUAGAAGCCAUGGAUAGGGGAGCAAGGGUGGGAGGUCAUGUUGCGGCGGGGGAUCGUAGUCGUCCCCGGGAACAGGUUACAAAGAGCGUUGCAGAAAACAAGAAGAAAGGCGAUAGUGAAGGAUUUACAGUUGUGACAAAGAGGCGAAGAAGAAACAGGCAGCGGUUCGCAGGUGGGGCGAGUGGGUUAUACGACAACCAACAGCAGUCCAUAUGUGCAUGAAUGAGACUCUGCGAAGUAAAAUACCAAAAGAAAGGGCAUUCAAUCUAUCGUUUUUUUUUCUUCUU